CUUAUCACGCCGAGAUUAUGACGUUCCUCUGACGCUCUUUCUUCACUGUAGCCCGGAGUGUUCAGCAGCUCGUUGACGGUUUUACGGAGUUCUUGGAUUUAUUUGGCGGUGAUCUUUCUGUCUGGUCUCCUCCAGCCGCCCGUCUGUCUGCCCGCGGAGGAGCUCCGUGUUCGGUUUUCUCCGGUAAAGGAGAACAAAGAGAGCGGAGAUGUAUAACGGGAUCGGACUGACCACACCGCGAGGCAGUGGCACGAACGGCUAUGUGCAGAGGAACCUUUCAAGUAUUCGUUCAAAGCGUAGCAGAGACGAGCGUGGAGGAGCGAAGGAUGAGAAGGACAGAGAAAGGCUGGAGAGCCAGCUCAACCGGCAGCCUAAUGCUGAUAUUCUGGAGCACCAGAGGAAGAGACAGCUGGAGGUGAAAUGUGCUGAACUUCAGGACAUGAUGGAAGAACAGGGGUACUCAGCAGAGGAGAUUGAGGAGAAAGUUAACAGCUUUCGUUUAAUGCUACAGGAGAAACAGGAACCCCCACCACCACCUACAGAGAAACAAGUUGUGACUGAGACCCACGCACUUGCUGCCGCUAACCAGCAGAAAAACGACCGGCUGAGAGAAGCUUUUGGCAUCGGCUCGGACUACGUGGAUGGCUCCUCUUUUCACCCAGACAGAAAAGAGCGUGAAAAAGAGAAGAGAGAGCAGGAAAGAUUGGAGCGUGAGAGACAGCAGCAGCAGAAAUACCAGAUAAUUGAAGACUCUGAGGAGUCUGACUCUUCCUCUACUCGCAAACAGAGCCGAAAGAAGAAAAGAAAGAAAAACAAAAGCAGAGACAGCUCAGAAAGUCCCUCACCUUCUCCUCGCAGAGAGAAAAAGAAAAACAAGAAGAAGAAAAAGAAAAGGGAAGAAUCAGUACAGAGUGACCAAGGAAGUUCAUCUGAGGACAAACAGGUGUCAAAGAGGAAGAGGAAAGGCAGUGAAAAUGAGACUCCUCCACCCACAAAGAGCCGAAAGCACCGCAGUGCAUCGUCCAGCUCAGCACACAGUAGGUCUCCAGCCCCAUUAAGGGAACGGCAACAAAACGCACCUGUUUCCAGAGCAGACGAGGGACGGAGGGGAAGAUCUCCUGAUCGAAGAGGCCAUAUGCGCCAGGAAAGCCCAGAAAGGAUAGCAGUUAGAGAGAGAUCGCCAAGACAUUCCAGGUCCCCUGAGCGAAACAGGAGGGACAAGGAAAAAGAUCGAGAACGAGAGAAAGAGCGCAUAAAAGAAAAGCCCCAAAGAGGACGGCAUGAUUCCUCAUCUCCUUCUCCAGCCCCGAAACAGCAGCGGGACAGAAGAACACAGAGCGAAGAGAAAGAAAAAGCACCACAGAGAAAAAGACACGACUCAUCAUCUCCAUCUCCAUCUCCCAAACGACAAAAAGACAGGCGGCAGAGGAGUGUGGAGAGAGAGCGUGAGGAUGAGCGAAGAAAGAGGGACAAACCACAGAAACGGCACAGUUCCUCGUCAUCUCGAUCACCUUCUCCACAGAAAGACAGAGCACAGAGAGGACGCAGCGCAGACCGAAUGAAAGGGCCUUCUUUCACAGCUCCUACAAACAGGGACCAAGAAAGAGAUAGAGGGAUAGACAGAUACAGGGCGAGGGAUGGAGGUAGAGAUAAAGGCAGAGAGAGAGGCAGAGACCGCUCCAGUGACUCUUCCUCACCUGCACGCCAUUCACCAUACUCGAACGGAAAGCAGAAAGAGGCAGAGCGCGAAAGAGAGCGAGCAAAAGAACGAGAAGAGCAGAAAGAAAAGGAGCGUGCGAAGGAGAGGGAGCGAGAAGAACAGAGAGAAAAGGAAAGAGCGAAGGAGAGGGAGCGAGAACGAGAAGAGCAGAGAGAAAAGGAGCGAGCGAAGGAGAGGGAGCAUGAAGAGCAGAGAGAAAAGGAGCGGGCAAAGGAGAGGGAACGAGAAGAGCAGAGAGAAAAGGAGCGAGCGAAGGAGAGGGAACGAGAAGAGCAGAGAGAAAAGGAAAGAGCAAGAGAGAGGGAGCGGGAAGAGGCUAGGAGGCAGGAGGAGAGGAGAAAAGAACGAGAAAAUGAGAGAGAAAAAGAAUUGUCCAGGUCCUCCUACAAUAAACACUCUGAAGAUAGGCGCUCUGGACGAGAGAGCGAGAUGGAAAGGAGGACAGACAGAGAAAAGGCUGUACCAGAGCAUGAGAGGAAGGAGAGAAGCUUAAGGGAAGGGGAUGAAAGGCUGGGAAGAGCGAGAGACAAGAGCUCACAAGAGAAAGACAGAGAAAAACAACAGACAAAGGAGAAAGAGAGGGAAAAACCUGGGAAAGAGAAGCCGGAGAAGAAGAGCAAAUCCAAAGCUGCCAGCAGCAGUAGCAGUAGUAGCAGCAGUGAUAGUAGUAGUAGUAGCAGCAGUAGUGAUAGCAGCGAUAGUGACAGUGACAGUUCAUCUUCAUCCUCCUCCUCUUCCUCCUCCUCCUCAUCAUCAUCUUCCUCAUCUUCUGAGGAUGAAAAGCAGGGGAAAAAGAAGAGUCCCUCAAACAAAAAUAGCACUUGUGGUAUGCCGGUUUCUCCAGCUGUCAUAGCUCAGGCUAUGGCUCGGAGGGAGAAAGAGAAGGAUGCAGAAGAGAGCAAUAAAGAGGUAUACCCUGCAGCUGAGACUGAAAGGGAAAAUCCAGCACAACGUGACCAUCUUUCAUCCAUUCGAGUAGAGGAUAAGGACAAGAGAAGCAAAGAGUUAGACAGGGACAGGUCAAGGUCCCUGCCAUCAAAUUCUCCCCCUAGAGUAGCUCAGAGAGACCGAGGGGUGGAGAAGGAACAAGCUCGAGGGUCAGAGAGAGAGAGGGAUCGAGGAAAAGAGAGAUAUACCCCCACAGAAAGCUCAAGCCCCCCUCCAUCACCUCCAACAAGGAGCGCUGGAAGAGAUCGAAGCAGGAAUAGUCCACAGGAAGCUUACAGAAACCAAAACAAAGAAUCAGAGAGGCCCAGAGACAGCAAAAGCAGCAGAUACACAACUUCAGAGCUUGAGCGCGAAUCAGAUCGCUUCUCGCCAAGCAGGGACCGAAACAAGCCGAGUGAAGGGAGAAAGGAUUCACCUCCACUGCCACACUCUGCCAAGAGCAGAGGGAGGGAGAUCAAGCCUCAAAGUAAACGGACGUUGUCUCGCUCCAGAUCUCCUGUACGUCCUACUCCACCCCGACAGUACCAGGAGCCCUCUCGCUCCCCCAGCCCUAGAAGGAGAGGCAGGAGACCUUCUCCAUCCCGUAACUCUCCCUUCUCACGCAGAGAAAAUAGCCAGGAGCGCCUUAGAGAGAGAGAGCGGGAGAGAGACAGAGACAGAGGGAGACCAGGAGAUAGAGACAGAGAACUGGAGCGCUCCAGAGAGAGGAGGACUAGAAACAGCAGGUCUCGAAGCCCACGUAGACGCAGCCCCCCAUACAGGUCACGUCAUUUACCUUUCCCUCCCCACGGGCGCAGAAGCAGUCGGUCACGAUCUAGAGAACGAGAGCGAGAAAGGGAGAGGGAGCGGGAAAGGGAGAGAACUCGCAUCCAGGAGAAUGAGCGCGAGCAGCAGAGAGCGAGAGAAAGGGAACGUGAUGAAGAAAAAGAAAAGAAAAAGUCACCCCCACGACGCUCGGCCUCUUCCUCUUCGUCGUCGUCUUCCUCCUCUAGUUCAUCAUCUUCCUCCUCCUCACCUUCUCCUGAGAGAAGGUCGGAUGCAGAGAAAGGAUUGAAGCCGAAAGACAAAAGAGAGAGUGAUGGAGAAAGAAAGAGUGGGUCUGAGAAAAGGUACAAGUCUCGCUCCCCUUCCCCUCCACAGACUCAAGGAACACGCAGCCCUCCAAACCCACCGGGCCGCCGGUCCCAGUCGAGAGACUGGCCUCAAAGAUCCAGCUCACCAGCUGUCAGCCAAUCGGAACCAAGAGAGGCGUCCAGAGGAAGAUCAAGAGGACAAUCACCAGUGGCUCAAAACCAAAGGCAACCAAUCAGAGGGGAGAGCGCAGUAAAUGGGAGACCAGAAAACGAUGCUGUGGCGCAACAGAAGAACAGCAAAAGUAGCUCCAGCUCAUCUUCCUCUUCUUCAUCUUCCUCUUCUUCCUCGUCUUCAGAUAGCUCUGACUCUGAAACAGAAAAAGACAAAGGGCCUAAAAAAGCAGCAGCAAGUAGACACUCUUCCUCAUCUUCAUCAGCAGUUGAUGAAAGCCCACCUCGUCGACCAAGAGUUCCAGCAGACUCACUGAGGGACUCUCGCUCACUCAGCUACUCUCCUCCACACAGACGACACAACGCUGUCCGUUCAGUUCCCACUCUCUUUGCAAGGAAGUCCAAAAGCAGAUCACCAAGCAACAGGAGAAGAAAAUAGAUGCAUUUAACUGUACAUCACCUUCCUUUGUAAUUUUCUUUUUCCCUUUGGCAAUUUUCAAUGUCCCCACCUAGACUGUACUUUGUGAAUACUGCAGGGCUGACAUUUCCGACUAGGUCCUCCUCUAUUGUGUCGACAGAUUAAACCAAGAACUGGAGCAAGCAAAGUCAGAAGUCUGCAUUUGUGUUUCACUCAAAUUAUCAACAAUGAAUCUGAUUAUAUUUUUACUUUUAAUAUGGUGUAAGUAAUAUAGCAGGAGAGAGAGAAGUAGAACCACCUGCGUUUCAUGUAUCAUUCUGUGCCAACAAAUGUUGAACAGUUCAUUCGAUCACACACUGUAAACACACCAGAAGAGACCAGUGCUUCUCUCUGCCCUGCUGCAGUUGUUCUGAAUGUAGAUAAAAAAAAAACACUUGUAAUGUAAUUGUUCUCUGAAUGGACAGUGUACUGCUUACACAUUUGUGAGUAGACUCAAAUCUUUGUUUUUUUUGUGCAAAAAAAGAUGAAUAAAAGCGGUUGUAUCUUG